ACCGCACACCUACUCUCAGUCCUUUCGCAGCGGCCAACGGUACCGCUUGUGCCGCUAGCUGACGCACAGUAAACAUCAGCGACGCGAGGAAAUCAUCCGUGCAGUGUUAUGAUGCAAACUAGUGUUAUAUUAUUGGAUUUGAUCUAAAACUUUUGAGACAGAAAGAAUUGAGUGCAGUGUUUAUUGACGUUCACAAUGCCUAAAAUCUUUUUGAUAAAAAAGCGGCUCCAUGAGCAGCAGCUCGGCUUGCAAGAGGGGCAGGAGUUGCUCGCGAGCAAGGCGGACACCCUGUGCCCCGGCUCGCCGCUAGACGACGGGCCAAUUCCCCUGCUCUCCAAAAAGGAUAAGGAAUGCGUCGAUCGCGACGUUUUUGGAGAACACAAUGGGAACAAAUCACCCAACGAGAGACGGACUAAAGAACCAAGAAGAUUCAUAUCAUCGAUUCUUGGAGGUGAAAUUCCUUACGGCAGUCACAGAGGACACGUUUUGACACAGGCUGAAAGAAAGCAAUAUUUGCCAGUUGAUAACAAAAAAGUAGAAGAAAAGCCUUUAGUAAAAGAGGAGAAGGAUACACUUCAGAGUGAACCGGUAGUUCUUCCACCACGGAAUUCUCCUUCUCCGGAAUCGGCACCGUCACCUGGAAUAGAUAAUGUUACAUGUCAAAAAGUAUCUGUUAUUCAAAGAACGCCUGCACAGUCACAGUUUCAAAACAACAAAAAGGAAUUGUCAGAUGUUCGCCUUCCAGUUACUUUACCUCCAUCAGAACCUGAACAAGAUCAGCCAAUAGAUUAUGUAAUAGCUAAAAAGAGAGGAGAAACUGAAGAUGAAGAAACUGAAAAGAAAAUAAGAGAGCAAAGGCGAACGAGUAGUUCUAAAAUUGCUAAUAGCAUUCUGGCUAGGCCAAUUCUUGUCUUAAGAAAUCGUCCUGGAACUAAGCUGCCCGGUAUUAUGAACGCCGCUGCGGGUCACGGUCGAUCAACAAAUGGAAAUAGUUCAAAUUCUGGUUCUCAGAAUACGAGUGGCUCAGGGAACUUUAGCUCCAGUGGUGGCGGCGCAGCACCUUCUUCUGGAGGUGGUGGUGGAGCUCUUGGGGGUGGGUCUGGUAGUGGAGGCAACGGAGGACGCGACGGAAGAUCUAACUAUGGACCUAAUAGUCCACCCACAGGAAGUCUACCACCUUUUUACGAAACUUUGGGGCCAAACACCAAAGGAGGCCAGAACUCAUUCAACGCAAAUAGCAAUUUUACAAACGAAUUUAAUAUGAUGAAUGGCUUCAAUAUGGAAUGUGAAAAUACAGAAAACGCUAAUACAAACUUCCCAGAACAAAGUAAGCAAUACUCUUUGAUGCAAAAUGCACACUAUGGAAUAGCGUUAAAGGACGAAGAAAUUGACUAUGAUAGAAUUGAGAAUAAAUUAGAGAAUCUUGGUUCAAUCGGAGGUUACAGUAACAAUUUCGAUGACUCAAUGGUAGUUGAUAUGGGUGACGAUGUGAUUGAUAACAACCAAUUUUACACAACUUUGACAUUUGCCCCUAACGAAGGAAUUUUAAGUAAUCUCUCUGACUCAACUGACAUAACUGAUCUAUUAAAUAACCACGUCGAACAAAUCACGGAUUCAGAGAUACGGGAAUCAUCAUCAAUCACCCCAGACUCUGUGCACAAUGGUGUCGAUAUUGAAUCACUAGCAGAGCAAGUUAAUCUAAGCAGACAGUAUUAUGAAAAAGCUAACUAUAUCGCCUUUGCAAAUCAAGAGCAAGGAUCUUCAUAUGGUUUUCCCAAAGAAAGGCCAGAUUUAUUAAUGCAACUUAAUCCAGCCCUUCUUCCCCACAACGAAGGGCAAAUGCAGCAACUUCAAAUUCAUGUGCAACUUCAACAAAGGCAACAAAUACUAUCUCCUGGUUUCCCCUUCACUAGUCACUCCCUGGACUUGGAUUCUCCAACCGGUGUAUCUCUUCCAUCACCCGGCGGCAACAGCUCUCUGGAUGGCAACAAUCACAUCGAGAACUCAUCUUUAAGCCCGGCAGCUGCUGUAAGUCUGAAGAAAGGCUCUAUCGCCGAUAGCAAAAUUCAAAUUUUGCAACAAAGGUUGGGUCUGCCAUCGGAACUACCCCUAGAAUUUAUAAACGGCGGCCACGGAGUAAAGAAUCCUCUUGCCACAGAAGCGAAUGCCCGACAACGAGAGGAGGAGAAAAAUAAACAAGUAUUAGUGAGCGAGGAUGAUCCAACGAAGUUCGUGUGCAGAGUGUGCUCCAAGAACUUUACCCUGCAAAGGCUUCUAAAUCGGCACAUGAAGUGUCACUCUGAUGUUAAACGAUACCUUUGCACAUUCUGCGGUAAAGGUUUCAAUGACACAUUUGACCUGAAAAGACACACGAGAACACAUACCGGUGUCCGACCAUACAAAUGCAAUCUGUGUGAAAAAUCCUUCACCCAGAGAUGCUCAUUAGAAUCACAUUGCCUGAAAGUGCAUGGAGUACAACACACUUAUGCCUACAAAGAAAGAAGGACUAAGAUGUAUGUAUGUGAAGAAUGCGGACACACAACCUCCGAGCCUGAGGAACAUUACAUGCAUCUCAAGAAGCAACACCCAUAUUCUCCAGCAUUACUAAAAUUUUACGAUAAGCGACACUUCAAAUUCACAAAUGCCACAUUUGCAAAUCAGCUACUAGGUCAAUUACCAAUGCCAGUUCACAACUAAUGAUUUCACCUGGUUACAGCAUGUAGACAAUUAAAAAUUCGUAAACAAUGUUUUUAUCGGUAGAUCCGUUGUCUAAUGAAUAACUUAAUUUUAAAUCACGAAUUUAUUCCGUCCGCUAAUGAUAAUGUAAAAUUUAAAUUAAUUCCCAGUGCGUUUUGUAAGGUCGGACCUAAUUUUAAAUGUCUUCCAAAAUAGAUCUCCUGACUUAUUGAGGAAUUUUAUAAACGUUUUUACUAUGGGAACUACGUUUCCGUGUUUAAAAUACCUUAAUUUUUUAACAGUCAGAGACUACAUUAGCCUGUAUAGGCAUGACUGCAAUUAAAAAAUCAAAGUAUCGGGUAUUAUGUGCAAUGUUUGGUGAUGGUACGGGGUUACUUUUAAGUUUACAUUUAAUUGUAGAUUAGGACGUAGAUUAACUUAGGUUAAAAAAAGAGGUUUCAUUUUAUAUCAGCGCUGGUUAGAUUAGGAACGCGUAGUAGAUGGUGCUAAUAACGAGAUUAUGGGGUCGCUGGAAUGAAAUGAAACGCGGCAUGGACCGGAUGACAAUUUUGUCCGCUCCAUAAUAUAACGAUUGGUAAUAAUCACCGGGUGCAAACACCCGAUGAAAAAUCUAUGAGGAAUCUCGUUUUUCUCCUUUCUAGUGAUAUUAGAUUCUAAUUUCUAUUAACAUGUCACAAUUUUAAAGUGUACUUAGUAGUAUGUUGUUUGUUUUUGUUGGUACUUAUUUGACUACAAAAAAAUAUGUGUCGGCCGAGACUGGCUCACAAAAGUCGUACCAAGUUAAAAUGCAUUUCUAGAAUUUAUAUUUUAAAUUAUGAAAAUCGGUUUACAGUGUGUGCUGUGAGUGUGUGUAAGAAUUAUUAUCUAUUGUGCUAAGUUAUUUAAAGAUUGUUAAUACGUAAUAUAAUACAAAGUGUAAUUGUAUGGCAUAAGUAUGUAUAUGCUCAAUUUUGGUACAUCUGCGCUUUCACAGCCAAGCUUGUGGAUUGAAAAAUGUAAAUAUGAUAAAAUUAUGCUAGUGUAGUAGUAAAUUAAUUUUUUAGGUACCUAAUUAGACGUAACGAGAUUUUUAAAAUAUUUUGUAAUUUUUGAAAUAAAUCUUUUGCAUAUCGGCUCAUCGACAAUAUUGGAUGUCCAUUUUCUUGUGAUAGCGCAAUGCCUCAAUUAAACUACUUAUCAAUUGCAUUUACUAGCAUUUUGACGGCAAUGUAUAGCUAACGUUUCACGACUAUUUUUAAGAAACAAUCUGUUACAUUGUACUGAUAAGCAAUAUAAUAUCAUGAUUAAAUA